AUGGCCUCCGUCGGUGACGAGGGGAGAAACCAAGGUGGUAGUCUUUCCCACGGCGAGACUAAUGCAGGCCAAGAGUUGGAAACAUCUGAUCGCACUCCUCCUAACUCCUCCAACACCAAGACUAGUGGCGUGCAGGAAAUUGCGGCGGCUGCAAGCAAAGACGUGCCCACCAUCCACUUUGUGCGCGUGAGCUCCGGCGACACGGAUCACCAUUGUCAAUCGUUGUUUUCCCCUCCCGCUUACUGCAAUUCCUACUAUCCCCCAUUGCCGCCGCAGCCCGGGAGCAUGGCAACCAACCAGAUAGUGGCAAGGUUGAUGGCUCAGAUGAACUACGAGGAGGGCACCGGCCUUGGCAAGUACGGCCACGGGAUUAUCGAUCCCAUCAACCCGACCAAAAAGUAUGGGAAAGGAGGCGUUGGCAAAUUCGAGUCGUCGUACGAUAGCGACUCGGAUUAUGACACGGGGCCGCCUGUAGAGCCCAAGCUCGAGCGGGGCACCGGCGAAGCAGAGCCGGAAGCCGUUGUCGACGUCGAGGAGGUUCGCGCCAUGGACACGCUGCAGAGAGAGCGUGAAGCCUAUGCCGCCGCGCGGGCGUGGGAGCGGCGCCACGAGAAGGUUCGAGCCUAUAACAUGCGCAGGCAACGCCCACCGAAACACGCCACCGCCGCCGACGACUGGGAGGGGAUGGCCUCCAGGUACACGGCGAUCAAGCGUGCCUUGAAGAUGGUCCGGGAGCUGAACGAGUCAGGGAAGCUCACGUUGGGCGGCCUGAUCCACGAGUUCGCGGGAGUGAAGGCGAAGUUCCUGGAGGAUUACAGGACAAACUGUAUGCCGUACAAGGCGAUCAGCUUCGCGGCGCCGCUGCUCCACUCGCAGCUGAGCUGGUAG